CAGUUACUCGGCUACGUUCAGCGUUCAGCACUGUUGAGCAGUACGUCACACUCGUUCGUCGCCGAUCGCGCAGCGCGUUUCAUCGUGUGGCGUUAUUCUCGCACGUAUACGUAUACACACACCGGCCGUUGACACGCGGAAGCCUUCGCCGACCGAAAAGAAAACAUAUAGGAUCGUCCCCGUGGUCGGUAGGAUGAUCGUUGUCGCGAGAUCGUAACUGCGUGACAGAGAGAGAGAAACGAGAAAGAGAUUUUCCGGCUCCUCAGUGUUUUCCUGGCGAUUUUUGACGUACGCGCGUUAUUUGGAUUAAAAGUAGAUUACCUACGAGAACGCGCACGCAUCGCAGACGGAAUCAUGAUGCUUCGGCAGAAGAAUUACCUCGCCCUAGGAGUGCUCAGCUGUGUCCUUCUGCUGUCGGCAACUACCGCGGACAACAGCGUGCACAUACUGUCGAAGUACGGCCACCAGACGCUUACUUCCACCACACUCAAAUGGCUACCGGUGGCGCACUAUAAUCCAAGCGAUUCGAAGGAGAUAAUCAUCGGUGGCAUCGAGAACGUACCGGAUAGUCAAGACGAGAACUAUGCUAAUCAAGCGGAGGAAAGGAGACUGGUGCUCUACGUGUGCCGUGCAAUGCAUAGUGGCGUAUGGGUAGCCGGUACGCAGAAGGAAAAGGAGAAGGUCUGUACAGUGACAAUACAUGGUGUUGUACAGUCGUACGAGAAGUACGAGCUGUUGGAGAACGUCGACGGGGCGGCGCGGAUUUCGUGGACCCAAUGGAACAAAUACACUCCGUCUCCCGUGGGCGCGGUGUACGCCGAUAAGACAAUGCUGGUAGCUCGACACGAGGUCCCGAAAGAUCUGGAGAAACCGCGGUAUACUCAUUAUAUCGGCACGCUCAACUCGCCCGAGAACUUCGGUAGUAUCAUUUAUGUGAACGAGAAAGGUGAGGAGGAGUCUGCAAAGUCAGGUGAGCUGCUGGUGGAGACUGAGCCAAUCCGUUAUGAGCUCAGCGCCGUUAAACUCAACUGGUCUAAGAGGCGCGAUAUUAAGCGCGUAUCUCGCAUACUCAACGAGGCGACGAUCAUCAACCGCGGAGCGGAACCGGCAAACUUGGCGGAAGCCUGCAUAUACAAGUACAAGUAUUCGGUCUACUGGGGUCGCAGGCACGCCAUCCUGAACGGCCUGAGCACCACGAUCACGCUAAUUAACGGCACGUCCUUACCGAACAUAACGUGGGGUACGCGCGAUGACGAGAAUCGCACGGAGGCUUACAACUUGCUGGUCUACCUGCAGCCUGGUACGGGCGUAAACGUAACUUUGAAGGCGAACUAUACGGACAUGGAGGUACCGUACACCGCAACGUUAAUUUCGUAUUACGACGAUGGUGCGACAACAUCGCGCAUAAUCAUCGGCACUCGGCAGGAGGAAACAAUGUUUGACAUCACGCCGGAAUUCGGGCCCGUCUAUUUCCUGAGCAAUUUCAGUUUGGUACCAACUACCGUACCGCCGCCUACUACAACCACCGAGCCACCGACCACGACAACAUUGAUGACAACGACGACAAUGCCGACAACAAUGAAGGAGACGAGCCGGACGACGCACCGACAUCAGACGGAUAACUCGGAUAUGAUAGACGAUGAGAAUCUAAUCACACCGCCGAAGAAGACAGACGUAUCGACGGGCAUGCAUAAUAACAACAAUGGUCCGCUGUUGCUGAAGGUGGAGGUGCAGUAUGGCGGUGCCACGUCCGUUGCGUUCCAGUCGAGCUUAUUGACGCUCAUCGUACCGCUUCUACUGCUGCUGAUCCUCCACAAAAUUACGUGAAGGCCCGAUUACGCGUUCGCCAUCGCCGCCUCUAAACGUUAAUUCCUAAUUCCCGCAAUAGUAAUAUAAUAAUAUAACCCAGUAGACGACACAAUCCCGAAAACGGAAAAAGGAUUAAAAAAGAAAAAAAAAGAAUUACACAGGAAAAAAAGAACAAAAAAAAUACAUAUACGCGAAAAGAAAAAUUGCUGUAAUUUCGUAUGUAGCGAUUAUCGCGUGAAUGACCUCUUUUUAUUUAAACACUCGUACAUACAUGCACCGUUGGAUUGCGGUGCUGGUACAUGCUUGCCUUUAAAAAAAACUCGAUAUUUAAUAUAUAUAUAUCUAUAUUAUUAUACACACAAACAAGACACAUACACACAAAUGCGCUUAGAGUAACAGAAAAGAGGACGAGAAAAAGUAUCUUCGCGAUUGAACAAUGGAGCUAGUCUCACGACAAUGAGUUAAGUACAAGAACGAGAUCGCAGCGACUGAUGUGCAGGUAGAUUAACCUAGCCGCGAAACGUUCACCCGUUAUAUUGUUGAACCGACCGUGUAACAUUCCGUCUUUUUCUAAUCCUGCUGUGAAUCGACUUUCCAGCUACAAUGUAUGUCUUAUGCCUUCGCAAAAGCGCAAUUCUAUAAUAGAUCCUCUAGAAGAACUAAUCGCUUUAAAGGACGACAUUCUUUUUUUAGAGAGUUGAGAAAAAGAACUAUAAAUGCCGCGAAUAACGUAUUGAAUAGUAGCGUAUAUACGUAUUGAGUCGGGAGGCAAAUAGAAGUCAAGCAAUGGAGGAAAAGAGCAAGAUAUGCGAAUUAAUUCUGCUACGAUAUAUUUUUGAGAGAUUGUCGUAUAAUUUUAGAAAAUUGUAAAAUUUAUAAGGAUAGUAAGUAAGAGAGAAAACCAUAUAAAGUGUAGGAGUUAAAUGGGUACAUUCUUUUCUGUGGGAUACUUUUAAUUUGAUUAAGUUCCAAAGUUAUUACAGCGAAAUGACAAACGUACGAUCUAAUCGCUUAAUGUUUAAUUAUAUAUUACGAUAACGUUAAGUGAUAAUUUACGAACGUGUUGAGAAGAAAAUUUGCUGAUGCAGUAUUUUUUUUUUUUUUAAGUUUUAAACAAUUUGUAUGUACCCAUCUGUUGCUAGUACGUAAAGUGAUAGGACUUGCAGGUUUCUUAGAGUACUGUUGAAGAAGAUUGUAUAACGAUGGAGGAACCAUUGGUAUAUAUAAUAUAAAUAUUUAAAUAAUUAUUAAUAAAGAAGAGGAUAGAAUAUUUUGGUACGCAUGAGAAAUAUAAAAUUAUUGAUUUCAACGUUUUGUGGAAGCAUUUUUUUUUUGUUUACUCGAAAGACUAAGACGACGGUCAUUUUUCAUACGAGGUUGCGUUGUCAGCGUUUUUACCGAAAAAGUAUCCACAUGUAUGUAUAUAAUAUGUAUUUCUAUGAUCUUGAUAGUUGUAAUAUUAUGUAGUAAGCUUAUUUAUAUAUGAUUUAUAGAUAUUUUCUCUAUCGGAUAGUAGCGUCACACACAAGUACAAUUCUUCUAUUAUUAACCGACGAAUACCGUAGGAUUAGCACGAAACCGUUUAUGUCGGGCUAAAGUGUCUCUGACGACGUUUAUUAACGUAAGCCUAAUCACGCCUGUUGUGAUAUUGAAUGAAAAUCUUACGUAAAUACGAAAAAGUAGAAGGAAAAAGAAAGCAUUAUUUUGAACGACUCGUUGUUUGUGAGAGAAAGCAAUAAUACGUUGCGAGAUCGAAAGACCUAUGAGGAAAGAUGAGAAAGGCGACGAUAGAAGAAAAACGCAAAUAAAAUUUGUGGUAUCUAUGAUAUUUCUUCGAUAUUCUUAGUAAAUUGACGAAACGUAAUUAAUGAGAGGGCGGCGCGAUUUUAGCGUAGAGUUCGAAGAAAGAAGCUGUAUGUUCGUACAACCCAAGAUCACAAAUUAACUUCUUGACAAUUCACUCUAUAUGUCGGUAGACAAACGUAAAUAAAUCCUUAAAAAAAAAAAAAAACUAAUCAACCUCGGCAAAAAGCCAAGAAUUGUUCUAAAAAUAUCUAUAUUCUCAACACUCAGAUGUAUUAUUUGUGAAUAAUGCUGCUGUAUUGUACAUUAUCAUGUAAAUAUAAAUGCUAUGUACAUAUAACGA